AUGUGUAGUGAACGUGAUUUAUCAUCUCAGUCGUCAGCAUUAUCAUCAUAUUUGCAAACAACGACAACAACAACAACAACGUUUUUGCUCAUUUGUUCAUCACAUUUAGAUCAUCUCUUUUCUAUCUGCGACGUUGAUCGUCUGCUUUCCCGUCACACUUGCAAGCAAGACAACGCAGCUCUUUUUCGUGUUUCGUAUUCCGUCAUUCGUACUGAACAGCUGAAUCGAUGUCUAGACGAACUCAACAUCAUCGUGAAUGAGGCCAAAGAAAUUGAGCGGAAAGCGCAGAUUAUCGAAGAAUAUAUCAAGGACACCACAACAAUCGACUCACUCUAUUUGAACGUGGCGAUGGAAAUGGGCGACACUCAGUCCACUGAGCCAUCGUCGGAAUGGCAUGUUCGCUUCCUUGCACAACCCAACAUUAGAAAAAAAGUUCUGAUUAAUCUGCUGUGGGAAGCACACAAUGCUAUGCUUCACUUGGCGAACUCGAUCGACGAAGUGCGCAGUCCCAAAGUUGUAUAUGAAAAGACGAGUGAUAGAGUGUUGGGUGAGAUUCAGAAAGAGCUGAAGUAUAAGAUGGUGUGUCGAUAUCGAAACAUUUUGAAUGUGUAUGUUGAACGGCUGGAACCAGUGUUCGAGACGAAGGAUCGGAUCGAGUUCUCGCGGAUAAGUCGUGUUUCUCGAUCAGGUUUGCACGAUGUUCGUUCGCUAGUGAUGGUAAGAUAUAUUCAAAAGUGGAUGAAACUGUUGGAUGAUGUGGUCCAACAGUUGGAAAGAAAACUGACUGGAUGA